AUGCCCACCCUGAAAAUGGAUAGCAAAUACGCAGUUCUUCCGUUCCUACCUGAAACCCGACUUAGGCAGUUUGCACCAGGUCUUACAAUCUUGCAGCCACUCUCCAGGAGGGGUAUGGGCCCUGGGCUCAUUGUUCUAGUAUCCGACACUGGUUUAGCCGGCUCCUCUGCCCUGGCCAUCGAGAACGGCGUGCCGUCACCUCUGAUGAAGUGGGCGGAGGAAGGCUAUACGGUGGUCGAGAUCACCAAGACAGCACUAGCUAGACCCGAUGACGCCAUCGGAUGGGCUCUAGAGGAGCUACGAUCAUGCAAGACGGUGGAUAUACAGGAUGUGGUCGGCCUGAUUGCCUACAACCCGGAACUUUGGAACCGAGUUGCACCCCAGCUUCAACUAUUCCCAGAGAUUAUUGGUGCCGCAGUCUACGGCAAUUUGCACCAUGGCCAGUCGAUCUUGGUGCCAGCCUCGAUCCCUCAAAUCCAUCAUCUUGCUGGCAAAGCCUCGGCGCUUUUGCAACGUGCCAAGGACUUGACCGUGUACGACUACCCCAGCGCCAAGUCCUUCCUAUUCGCAACCCCGUUCCAGGAAGAGUUCAGCUACGCGUCCGAGUCUAUUUCCCAUACCAGGAAUCUUUCCUUCUUGAAGCAACUCAUGAAGGGACCCUAUUUCGAUCUCGAGGCCAUCUGGGAUGAGCAUACAUAUUACGAAUUUGACAACCGGUCUGUAGAGUGCACCAUGGGGACAAUGGUCCAGGAGCCCUACGUAAAUCACAUUCCAACGAUGACGGGUGGAAUUGGUAGAGAGCGACUAACGGCCUUCUACCGAGACCAUUUUAUUUUUCAGAAUCCAGCAGACACAUCCAACGAGUUGAUCAGUCGCUCAGUGGGCAUUGAUAGGGUUAUUGAUGAGUUUAUCUUUAAAUGCACACAUGAGACCCGUAUAGACUGGCUCCUUCCCGGCCUUGGUCCUACCGGACGCAAGCUCGAGAUCCCAUUCACCGCGGUCGUCAAUAUUCGUGGAGACCGGCUCUAUCACGAGCACAUCAUAUGGGACCAAGGUACUGUACUGGCUCAGUUGGGGCUGAUGCCCGAAUAUUUGCCUUACCACUACCCGCCCCCUGAUGCGACCAAGGAGGAGGCAACUAAACAGCCGCUUGAGUACCGUGUCCCUGUGGCAGGACUGGAGACCGCUGCUAAAAUGCGAGACAAGGACGCUGUGGAAUCAAAUCAAAUGAUCUUGUUCAAGGUUCGCGAGGUAUCGGGGUGA